AUUAAUAAUUGUAGUAAUGUAUAAUUAAAACGAAGCCAUUUAAAAUUCUUUUCGUCCAUUUUUGUUGCGUAUUCAUUUCACUGCAUUAUAGUGUUUUUAAUGACAUAUUAUACAGUUUAAAUUGAUAAAACUAUUUGAAAGCUGAAGAUUUGAAGCAAAAAUGAAGGAAACUACUGUUGUUUGGGCCAAGCUAUUUCUAAUCGUCAUAAUUUCAGCUAAACCUCUCGGUCUUAAAGCCGUCAACGAAUGCAAGCGCCUAGGAAAUAAUAUGUGUCUAAGCCACAAUGAAUGUUGUUCCGGUUAUUGUUUUAUGGAACCUGGUUGGGCAUUUGGGGUGUGUAAAAAAUUGAAGAGUCCAAAAAAAUCAGACCAACCGAAUAACGGAAAAAACAGCGUAAACAACAACGAACAAAACAACGAAGUACAUGACAAAUUAGAUGACGUUUUCGAAACAGGCGUUUGUGCGUAUUACAAAGGAGAGCAUAUAACUGCAAAUGGUGAAGUAUUCAAUGAAGACGAAAUGACCGCCGCUCACCGGACGUUGCCGUUCAACACGAUGGUCAAAGUGGAGACCAUGGGUACCAGUGUGGUGGUCAAGAUCAACGACCGCAAAACUUCGUCGGACGGAAAAGUAAUGCUUUUAUCUCAUGCGGCGGCCAAGAGCCUUAACAUCUACGAGGACACAGGCCCGGCACAGUGUCGAUUAAAAAUUGUGACCGAUUUGGGCUGCACUACAAAUUAUGGAAACACGUGUGUGCAGCAUCACGAAUGUUGUUCCCAAAACUGUUUCAGAGAAAUGUUUUCAACGGAAGGGUUUUGCACACCGCAAUAAUUAAACGCGGAAGUCGAGUUGCAGUCCGGCGUAGCGACGUAGAUUAUAAUUUAUAGCCGGUGGAAAUGAAACAGAAUUAUAAUUCGCGACUAAUCGGUUCAAUUUCCACCGUUGAAUAAUAAACCACGAUAUAGUAAAAUCAUAAUUUAACCGUUAAUUAUUAUUUUAGAAAUAAAUAUUUGUUCGGAAAUCAUCGAGAACCUAUUUUAAUUUAAUGUAAAUAUUAAAAUAUGUUAUCAUUUCGUUAAAAAUAAAAACUAGGUAUAUUCUGCUCCAGGAGUGUUGCCAGUAUCACAUCUUUAACAUGUUACACUUUCUUCCUUCAUAAUAUAUCAUUUAAGCUUAUUGUACAAAAUAUGUAUAGAUAGUUUAAUUUAAAAUAAAAGUGUAAAAAACAAAGUUAUAUUCUACGGCAAUAAUAAAUUAUUACGAUUCGCGAUUUAUGUAUAACGAAUGUCGAAUGUUGAUAAUAAUAACACAAUUCGUCUGAAACCAGUGGGUACGUAUACAUUUUUUUUUUUAAUGCUUAUAUUAAUGUUUGGUUUUUAAAUCAUGUAAGUAAAACGUAUAGGUAUCAAGUCUUGUAUAACAAUCCAAUUAUUUGUAGGACUCCAAUCAUUAUUGGGUGCAAUAUAUUACAUUUUGUUUGCCUA